ACAAUGACUGCGUCCGGAUCCUUCUGUCUAGUAUUUGUACUCACACGGAUGGGCUACACCAGAAGAACACCACCAAACAUUCGGGAAACGGAUAUGAAGUCUCUUCAUCGCGUUAGGUAUUCUGAGGUGCAAUGGACGACAUCAACGCAGUGAAGCUCUUUGUUGGGAAUCUGGAUUUGGAAACCACACAAGAUGACCUAAUAGCACUUUUUGCCCCUUAUGGAGAAGUGGUGCACAUAACUGUACUGAGGCAGUUUGCCUUUGUCCAUCUGCAGGGAGAAGGGGCUGCUGACCGUGCCAUCCGUGAUCUGAAUGGUCAAGAGUACCGUGGCCGGAGCCUUGUAGUUGAGGAAUCCAAAGGGAGGCCUCUCAAUUCCACCAAAGUAUUUGUGGGGAACCUGUGCGCUUCCUGUUCAGUUGAAGACCUAUAUGAUCUCUUCUCAGCUUACGGCAAAGUUCUCGAUUGUGAUAAAGUAAAGACAAAGCCCUCCUCAUUUACAGGCUACGCCUUUGUGCACAUGGAGCGUAAAGAGGAUGCAGAACAAGCCAUUGAGGGUCUUCAUGGGACCUCAUUUAUGGGGCGUCCACUUGCAGUGGAGCUCUCAAAGGUACAGCAGACCACAAACAAGGUCCCGUGUGCCAGCUGCGGUGCACAUGGCCACUUUGCAGGAGAAUGCCCGAUCAACAGGCCUUCAAUGGAGCACCACCAGAGUCAGGCUGCUGUCUUGGCUGCAGCUGCCGCCGCUGCUGCCGGACUUCCCCUUCAGGUGCAGCAGAGUGUCCACAACUCUUUCUACAACACUGCGAGCACUGACCCAACCUUUGCAGCUCUGAAAGACUUGACCACUUCCAGGGUUGAUGGCAAACCUGUCAGUGCUGCGGUCUACGGUGCCCUGGCGAGUCAAGUCUACAGUGCUGUAGCAGACCAGAUGCUGAACAUGUCGACAAGCCAAGCUGCGGAUGGCUACCCCACCGAAGGAGAAGCGCCGCCGGGGGCACGGAAUUAUGGGACCAUGGGAUCCAACCAACAUGACCCACAAGCCGUCUUUGAAGCUGCUCGGGCCCGAUACUUUGAGCAGGGACAACAAGUGCUGGCUGAACAGCAGGCGGUGACCAAAUCUGACCGAGACCGAAGUCCAGUACGACGUUCGACCCCAUUACUGCCUGAUCCAGUUCCCCAGCCGUUCUCCCAGACGCGUCCCAAACGACGGGCCCUGCUCCCAACACCUCCUGGUGGUCCAGAACUACCUGCAGUUAAAAAUGGCGACCCAAUUGCAAGGUGCUAUGCAGAGUACUACCAACAGUACCAUCAGUACCAACAGUACCAACAAUACCAGCAAUACCAGCAAUAUCAGCAGUACCAGUACAGCUAUCCACCGCCACCACCCCCUACGAUGCCCAUGAUGCCUCCAGGUCCAAUGGAUGCACAACAGAUGUCCGCCCCUGGCACAACUGCUUCACCAAGAGUGUAUGAGCCAACUUCAACACACCAGGAGCCCGUCCUACGCCGUCCUGAUUACCUUCAGCAACACACAUCUGAGUCCCCAUAUCGAUAGCCCUUACCACCUCACGAGUGUGUGCACGCGUGUUUGGUUGUGAAAAUGUGUGCGUGUGUCAAUUUUGGUCCUACAUGACAAAAGAAACUAGAAGAAAGGGAUAAAUUGAAUUAUUACUGUUACAUCAAACCCAGAUAUUGUAGUUUCGCAGUUAUCUUUCCCCCGCAAAAUGUUAAAUAUCUCAUUAUGUACAGAAUGUAGACGUUUACAAGGCCAUGAAAGUUUUAAUUCUGAGCUUCUCUCGGUUAAUUUUUUUUUUUUUUUUUUUUGUUUUUUUUUCUCCCCGAAGUGCUCAGAACUACAUCGGCUGUCACUUUUAUAGAUAAAAUACUGUUUGACUUUGUCGGGUCAGACAUUCUCCGAAGUCAAAUGACUGUGCCUUGUGAAAAUAAACUUUUUUUUUUUUGUAUAGACUUUUGUAAAACCAAGUACUUCAGAUCAGGUACAGCUUUAUUAAAUUCAUGGUUCAAGAAAGGAGCAAGCCUCAGUCAAAUAUCCUAAUCCAAAUUGUUGUCAGCAUAUUGUAAUUGGCUUGGACUGAUGUUAAAUUUCACAACAACUAGGAAGACAGCGUAGUUUAGCUAGAAUGUACAGAGGACCUGUGUGAAGUCUGUGUGUGUGAGAGAGUGAGAACACAAUGUUAACUGAUCCAUUAGCUUACACAUGAGCACCCCAAUCACAUACACAUCAGGCCUUUUUCGUAUAUUCAUAUUUGAGUAAGGAAGGGCAGGCAUUUGGCCAUAUUAAGAUGAAUCAGUACCAAACAAAUCCACAAACCUCUACUUAAAUGCUCUAACCACUCCAUCACUAGAGCAGAUGGAUACACCUGCCCAGUUCGACAACAUUAAAACUGAUAUUAAAAUCAUCUGUUGGAAAAGAGAAGGCAAUAAUAGAUUCAUUGCAAAAGGGACGAGUUUGUUUGUCAGUCGAGAAGCAUAUUUGCUCUAAAUGUUUUUCAUUCGGAUGCCUCUAUUGACUCUGAAUGAGUUUGAGGUGUCGUUGUUGCUUAUUAGCAAACAGAACUGGUUCUAUAGUCUGCCAGUAGUGAUUAUGCAUGUUUUUGCAGGAUUUAAAGUGCAAACGACUGCCAUCUCUAGCUUUGCAUCCCUCUCUUACAUGGACCGGAUACUUGGGAGUAUUGACUUAUAAGUAUGGGUGGAAACCGCUCAAAUGACCUUAAAAGAGAAUGAGGAUUUACGUUCUUUUUGUUUCUUCUGAAAGUAGCCCCAUGCAAAUACUAUUAUGUUUCUCUGACCA